GCGAAUAUAAUAGGCGAUCCACACUUGUCGACGUUUGACGGCACAUUCUACACUUUCAAUGGUUAUGGAGAAUAUAUCCUCCUACAACUGAACAAUGGUGUAGAUCUAGAGUUUCAAGGAAGAAUGAUAUCCAUAGUCGAUGACCAAGGACGACGCACAAGCGCAACAGCGCUCACAGCACUAGUUAUCAGAGGAGCAGCAAGUGAUACUGUACAGGUAUAUGCCCUGCACUGCACUGCACUGCAUUCUGCUGUACCCUACUCCACUCCAGGCCACUCAACUCCGAUCUGCUCUACUCCACGUCUACUGAUUCCCUGAAUAUUAUAAUAAGCAAUUCCGGCUUUUAUUUUAUGCGUGAAGGGGAGGAUGGUAAGUAAGGUAUCAUAUUGCUGAUUAUGCUAAAAAAACCCAAAAUAAUGGCCGUGUAAACAUGGAGUGAUACCUUGUACUUGUAAAGAUUGAAAUAUUUCGGAUGUGUCGGCAGUUUUUAUUGAAAAUUUUCAGCAUAAUUAGCAAUAUGACACCUUACUUCCCGUCACCCCCUGCGCGCAUAAAUUAAAAGCUGGAAUUGCCUAUUGCAAUAAUCUCCAAGCCAAAUCAUAUCUAUCAGAUAUAUAUUGCCGUCCACAUAAACUUGCGACUAAUACAAAAACAAAAUCAACGAUGCAGUUUUUAUGUGAAGCGUUGAAAGUGAACUUUGUAAUUCAAGUUUGUUCAGGUAUUUUUUAAUAUUAGAUCCGCUCUUCAUUUUGUCGAAAAAUUUAUAAAUUUUACAAGCGGUAUAUCUUUGCAUGAAUGUUGGAAUUUCUAAAAAAUAUUUGAAAAUUCAAAAGCACCAUAUUCCUAACACUGGACCUCAACAGCUUAAGAGCGUAAGUAAAUCACGAACCCUUCUUCCAAAUUCGAUAUCAUUUCAAUAUAAGUAAAUCACAAAACGAACUUUUUUAAUGUAAUGUUUACAACAUGAGCGGCCGUGUUGUAAACAUUACAUCGGAUAUACAACCUCGAGCCAAAGGCGAGUGUUUUGUAUAUUCGAUGCAACACGGACGCGAAUGUUGUAAACAACUUAAAAAACGACUCAUCUUAUGAGUUCAUUGGCGAAGUAAUUUUAAAAAUAAACGUUGCCUAAACCGAAAAAAUCAAAGUUAAAGUUUAUGUAAAUCAACAUGAAUCUGUAUCACAUAUACAGAUAACGACACGCUUAUGAUUUUUCUUUGUGUUUUCUUCAUGAAUUAUUAAUGAGUUUUUUAAUGGUCAAUACAGCAACACCGGCCUCGGUUUGAUAUUUUCCCGUACUGCCCUCACUCUCAGUCAGAAAAUUAUUAAUAUUAUAUAUAUAGAAUACUGAUUGACUGAUACGUUCAGGAAUGCACCCGUGCAUGAAUGCCAAUGUUUCCCAAGGCGAAGCCGAGGAAUUUAUUAAUAUGUAAUAAGGAUCAAAGAAAACGAAAGAGAACACAAAAAGUUCAUAACUUUUGCUUUUUUAUAACUCGACGAAUUUAAUUUGAUUUAGCCUACCUGCGAGUAAAAGUAAUGUCCACUGCUCAGACCUGUUGGCAGGAAUUUCAUGACUUUCACGGGAUACAGGAUUCUUCCAAUGAUAUGCAAGAAAACAUUAACUUUGAGUCUUCGACACUUCGUCUAUACAUUAUUAUUUGAUAUUUGAGAUUUAGCAAUUGAUUUAGUCUGAUAAUAUUUUAUUAAAUCUAUGGAAAUAAAUAUAUAUUUACCACAUUUGUGUUGUUUAUUUAUGAAGAUCGAUUUUAACAGCCGGCGGCGGUUAGAUGUGCUUGUUAAUGGUGAACGAGUUGAAUUUGAUGAACAAACAAGAUUAGACUUCUCUGGAGUUUUUAUCGUUAAACAAAAUCAAUCAAAGUUGGGCAUCUACUUCACUUCAGGAGUAUCUGUUACUAUUAAAGCAACAGAAGACUUUUUGACUUAUCAGAUUUCGAUCCCAACAAGAUUCAAAGGUUUGUAUUUGAUUAAUUUGACCACUGUAUAAAGUUGGGUUUUUUUAAAUAGGAAAUGUACGAUUCGGUUGAAACAAAGGAAAGGGUACUAGUUUCGCGAGAUUUUAAAAAUAUCGAAACUCUGAAAAUAGUUUCAUGGGCCGGGAAUCGCCGUGACAAUAAUUUUUCAGUUUUAUAAUAUGAUACACGAAUUUUAUCCACCAGCCAACGGCGCGGAGCGCCGUGCGAGGGUGCUAAUUCAGCCCGGCUAUUUAGCCCCAGGGAAAGGAAAGGAAAGCAUUAGCGAAGUCUAAAGUUCAUCAAUGAUGCGGGCGUGGGUCACUGUGCGUGGGUGAUCAUCCUCACUGAUCUCAAAAUAUAGCGGAUUGUCAUGAAUAGCGAACACUGAUUGGUCAAAUUUAAAAUUUGCAUUAUAUAAACGACUAGCAAACAUUUGUUGAUAUGAUUUCUUGCAUAUAUAUUUCAUUUUUGCAAGAUUUUCUAAAUUUCAAAAGCUUUUUAAGAAAGAAAACGAAAGAAUUGCCAUAGAAGGGAGCGAAGGCGCCGACGUUAACGAAGCCGGCAACUUUUAAAUAUUGAUGUUGCUUUAUAUUAGCUAAUUGCUUUAAAAGCUGAUUGUUGCGUAUAUUUUAAAUGAAAAAAGAGAGCAUAUAAUUUCAGUGUAACUUUAUUGAUUACCUUUUUUAUUAUAUUAAAAUUUUUAAAUAAAAAAGAAUGCAAAGUUGUUUGAAUGCGAGAAUUUGAAAUAAUUUUAUUUCAAACUCAAAGUUUAUCGAUAUAAAGGCUGUUCAGUUUUAUAAAGAACAUUUUAAAACGUUUUGCGAAGCGUUUUUGGUUGAAUUUCACAUUGAAUUGAAGCUUAUGUUACUUAUAAUGACAUACCUACUUAUAUAUGUUUGGGAAAUAGAUAAUCGUGUUACCAUGACUACUCUUUAAAUACUGCAUGUUCGGAAAAUACAAUGGUUUUGUCAUUAAGGCGAGGGUUCUGCAUGCAUGUAUUCUCUACUCAUAAUUAUACUAAAUACGCAGUUUUUAUUAGUUUUCAUCGCCGAUUAAUUGUAUGUAUCUCUGUGUGUGUCUUUGUGUGUGUCUGUCAACCGUAUUAAUACAAAAAUUGUGUGGCUAAUGGACAUUGCCCAAGGACAUAAUUGGUUAAAUUUUGGUAAAUUUGGAUGAAAAAAUAGAUGCAAAAUUUGCCAAGAAAUUUCUUGCGUAAACAGAAUGCAUAUUAAUUAUUAUAAUUAUUUUUGCGGAAGUAAAAUUAAUUACCUGCGGAAGUAUGCAGUCUUCGAAUGCCCUCUUGUUACUCUCGUUUUCUUUUCACUGUAGGAAAAACAGCCGGUCUUCUUGGAUUUUGGGACGAUAGCAAGGAUCUAGAAUUUUUAUUACCAAACGGGAGCUUUAUUCACACUAAUUCAAGUUAUCGAACACUUCAUAAUGAAUUUGGCCAGAAGUGUAAGUAAGAAACGAAUACAAGCAAAACAAAAAUUAUAUGUUUACCACAUGCAAGUGAGCGUAACGUUUGAGAUAUUGCAAAAAUUAACGUUUGGACGCUUCAUUUAUAACCAUUAUGCGUUGUACCAUCUACAGUACUUGUAUGGCAAUACAUAUCCGGCAUCUGAUUCGCUUGAGGACAGAUUAGAUCAAAUUUUAGAACACUUCACAUUUCAAUAAACUGUUAAAUCUAUUCCUAUGUCUUAGUUUGUUCUUAUUUAACAAUACUAAGCAAGGUAGAAGUUUUCCUCCGAUAUGUAUGGCACUAUUUGUGCGCGUGUAACAGUAACCGACUGUUGUUGUCAGUUUAAUGUUUAUAAUAUAGGGCUCACAGAAAAUGUUACGCAACUAUAAUUGGUUGAUUUCAAUUCGGUUAUAAAUCUCAAACAGUAGUGUAGAAGUAAGCAACAACAGUGCAAAAAACCUGGAACACACUGUUCUGAUUUGUGGAAAACAAAGCACUAAAGAAUUAAAAACAAGCACUCGUGAGUUUCUCAAAAACCGCAAAUAGCACUCGUCCUUCGGACUCGAUCAUUCUACGGACUGCUAUUUUAAUGCCGUUUGAAAAAUUCACUCGCGCUUGUUUUGUAGUAUGGCACUCUAAACCAUCCUAAAGGUAUACUAAUCACAAGGUCAUUGCAUAACUACUUUUAACAAAGGUUUGUAAUUUAAUUUAGUUAAAUGCAACGUUCAAAAAUCAUUUCUAUAUAAUACUACGGUAUAUAUCAAACUUAUAAACAUCAUUAUUAUAGCGUCACACAGCGCUGCCAAAAAACGUAUAGCCCGCGUACAGGCCCAAGGGAAGAAUAGUGGGCCUGCAGGCAAGGCCCGGUAUUUUGUAAAACACCCUUUUCAUAACACGCCCCAUUCGCGCGUCAAUUGUCAAAAAAGAACCAAUGACAGCAACAGAAAUAGUAACAAACAAACUCGCAUUAAAAUGUUGCGGGGUUUUCUCUGCUUUAAUAUUCAAAAUAGAAACAAUGUGUAAAUGGUUGUGUUUUAACUCCAAAAAAGCAAGCAACGCAGUCAGUAAUUGCCAAAUUUGCAAGUGCUCAUUUUCAACUAAAAUCGGAACAGGCAAAUUAGGACGAAUUUCAACAGAAAACCAGUCUCAACUUCAAAUCGUGAGGGAAGUCGUGCAACCACAUUAGCAUUAUAAUGUGUGCUUCGCUGUCGCCAUUGUUAUAAAUAAAUUGUCUACUUAUCAGAUCGUGUGUGCAAUUCUUGUUGGCGGCGGAAAGUACGAAAUUUAUUUCAGUUAUUUCAUUUGGUAAAGAACUCUACAAAAGAAGAGAGGGUUCAGAGUCCAGACCGGUUCGUUUCAAACGGCAAUUACCGUCUUCUGUUUCGCUCUCUCAGCGAAGCCUUGCAAAUCGCGAAUAGGCUUACAUGCAACUGCCUCUAAAUCUUUGCCGUGAAAAGCGCUGUUUUCUUCAGUGCAAGAACAGAGUCAACAUCAACCAAAAGAUAAUUUUCUUGAGGAAUAUAUAACGUAUCAAGUCUGUUUGAAAUUAAUGAAACUCAAGUAAAGGUUACUAUAAUUUACCCCGGCAGUCGUAAUGUUGCUAUUCCAACACUUCACGACAAGCAAUCCCCAUAGGCAUAACGGCAAAAACAUCUCUUCCUUCGAGUAAACAAUAAACAGUCUGUUCUUGUUCCAUUUUUAAUCGAAAAAAGUGAUCAAUUUUCGAGUUUUAAGCUUAUCGAGAGCCUUUGUGAUGAAUCACUGAUCUAAUUAUAGAAUCCAACAGCAAACAGCCAAUCAGAAUGCUGCGGGCGAACGCGGAAAGUACAAAAUAGCGGGCCUUGCUUGCAGUCCCACUAUUCUUCCCUUAGGCCUGCACGCGGGCUAAAAAACGUACGACAUUACAGUCAUACGUUUCAUACCCCCAAAACAACAAUGAGAAGAAGGCGUACAAUGCCGUCAUGCAUGCGGUUUCGAUAUUUAUUACUCAAUAUUCAAUACGCGAAGAAACGUUUAAAUGCAAGUGGUAUAGUACAAAACUUCAAUACAAUUUUCUUUGGCACAUUUCCUUUUAAUUACUUUAGGGAUUGUUGAGAGGCACAAGACAAUGUUUACCUACCGAAUUGGAAAUAGUUACGACAGUUUUCUUGAUCUUGACUUCACUCCUGUCUUUAUGGAUGAAACAAAUUCAUUGUUUUCCAAUUCUACUUUGGAGCAAGAAGCAAGGAAUGUUUGCGGGGACAAUGCGGAAUGUUUGUUUGAUAUUGCUGUGACUGGGAAGACAAGUAUUGGUGAAGCAACGUUGGAGUUAUUCGAUGAACUGGAGGAAAGAACAAAUAACUCCCACAUUGGUAAGGAAUGACUUAUAGAGAUAUUUGUUUUAAAUAUUUUCCAAAAGUUUUAUAUUUGUCAAACGUUUC